UCGAGUUCCGAUAAGUGCCCGGUCACACUGCCGCCCAGGCGAAACAGAAACAGAAAAUCCAACGAAAGCAACAGCAACGCGAGCGGGGGCAGGGAGGAGAGCGAUCGCCGUCCUACGCGUACUCAGGAAUCUGCAGACAGAUCCAAAGCAAAACAAAAAUUUUAUCCAACAAUCAAGAAUAACUCUUGUAUAAAAGCAAACAGUGUGCAGUGAACUCCGAACUUCGGAACGAACGAGGAACCCCAGCUAGCACACACCUUGGCAGCGAGAUGCGUUAGAGCUGCUUCCAGGAACCCAGCGUAUAAACGGUUUCCGAGAACUGCCCACCAAUACAGAGCCAACAAGUGCCACGGCCAGCAAGGUGUGCGUGUAAGUGUAAGAGAGCGGCCGUGUCGGUGUGCGUGCGUGUGUGAGUGCAUUGUGAGAGAGAAGAGCAGAGGUUGGAGAGCUAAGCGCGGUGAGGUGACAGGAGAACUAGAGAAGAGAAGAUACCAAAAUACAGGAGCGGACUACGGAAGUCUAAGGACCAUGGCGCCUCUGGUGCCGCAGGCACUCGAGCUGCUCGCCCUGCUCCUCCUGCUGCAGGUAGGCGCCCGGGCCACCGUCGAUCCCGGCUGGCUCGUCCCCGACAAGGUGGAAUCGGCCAUCGGCGGCAAUUUUACGAUCAGCUGCACCCUCAACGAAACGUACUUUCGGGAUGCCAGCAUCGUGGAGCCCUGCACCGCAAAGGAUCUGUACUUCAAGGUCGGAAAGCGGGAGUACCGCCAGCAUCCAGACAUCUGGACGUUUAAUAGCACCACGGUCCUAUUCUCCGCCAGAAACGCCGAGGAGCAGGAGGGCGAGUACAUGUGCAUGUGCCGCGACUACGUGAUCAACACCUCAAAGGUGUACGUGGGCACGCGGCCACUGCCCAUCCGGGACUUUGACUGCAUCGACUACGACUUCCAGUUCAUGCUGUGCAACUUCACCCAGCCGCCCAACAAGCUGAUCACCCAGUACAACGUUAGCUACAAUACCAACAACGAUUGGCACUACAGCAACUCGGUCGACUGCAACUUCGACGCCGCCCCGGUGGUCACCUGCAACAUCACGGAAGGCAACUACCGGCGCUUCAGCGAAACAUUUUACUUUCGCCUGCACAUGACCAAUGCCCUCGGCGACCAGAUGCAGUCCAUAACGAUAAAUCACUACGAGCGGACAGUGCCGUCCCGGCCGGGCCAGAACCUGACCCUCGUUAACAGCACCGAGAGCUCAGUGUGCCUCUCGUGGGAGAUGAAGCAGCGCAGCAACUAUGCCCACGGGCUGGUCUGGAAGGUGCAGGUCUCGCCGCACAAUUUUGAGCCGCUGAAGCGGGCCAGCUGGCGCAACAAUAGUUCAAUAAUCAAGGACACGCUCUGUCUCACGGAGCUUCCAUACGCCGGCUACAACUAUACGCUGCAACUGCGCGUGCGCGGCAACCGGAAUAAUACGAUAUGGAGUGAGCCCCUCGUCUACAACUUUUCCACAACUCCGUCUCGGCCACGCCGGCCGCCGCGCGUCACCUACGGCAGCUUUUACGUUGACUCCUCGGAGGAGGGUGUGCGCUUCUACUGGGAACCGCUGGAGCCGCAUGAGCUGAACGGACCGGACUUUCGGUACACCAUCAGCGAGUACCGCAUCAACGGGACUUUGGUGGAUCCCAACUUGAUCAAUGUGGGGCGGGACUCGGCCUUUAUUGAUCACUGGAACAUGAGCGGCGUCCACGAGUUUCUCAUACGCAGCCAGAACAGCGAGGGACUGUCGGUGAACGCCACCCAUAUGUCGAUUGGUCCCAUCACCAACCGUGAUUUACGGCAACGCGUGCCAAAGAAUAUACAUGGCGUGUACCAGCAGACGAACGAGAGCUUGACGCUCACCUGGGAGCCACCAGAGGACCAGAGGGAGCUCACCAACUACACGGUGUUCUGGUGCCAGCCCAAGCCGGGCCUGCUGUCCGAGUGCAAGGGACCUAUACGCUUCACCGAGGUGCCUAGUGGCCAGCUGAUGUUCACCACGACCAGGGACAAGCCGACGCUGCUAAUGGCCGUUUCGGCCAACUACCGAUCGCACAACUCGGGACUGCGAUGGCCCAAGUGCAGCAGCGACAAGACGGACGACCUGGCCAAGAUGGAGCCAUCGAUUGACGUGACUACCAGCUCCACGAUGACGGUCAGUUGGGGCAUGGAGCACGUCUGCGCCGUCAUCCUGUCCGGCUACAAUCUCACCUACUGUCAGCGCUCCACCGGCCGACCCGACAACUGCACCACCGUGGUGCUCAACCACUAUAUUAAUAAGUACGUGAUCCAGAACCUGGUGCCCUACACCGACUACAGCGUCAAGAUGCUGAUGUACUCGGAGACGCGGGCGAGCAAGUACAGCGACGAGCUGGUCAAUCGCACAGCCGAGGCGGCGCCCAGCCAGCCGCGUGAGCUGCAGCUGCUGCGCGUGACCAAAUCCAGUGUGGAGCUGUCGUGGAAGCCGCCGCUUUUGGCCAAUGGCAUGGUGCGCGCCUAUGAGGGCACCUUCCGUUCCCUGCUGGACAAUGUUACCGAGAGCUUCCGCGUGCCGGCCUUGAUCUCCGAGCUGGUUGACACGGAGAAACCCAUAACGCACACUCUGGGCAACCUGACGGCGUUCACUCACUACGAGGUGAGCGUGCGGGCGCGCACGCUCUAUCCGUCUGAGCCCAGUAAUUUGGUGAUCUUCCGCACGGCCAUCGGAGUUCCCUCGUCGCCGACGCUUCAGGUAACAAACAACAAGGACCAGAGCUCACGCCUGGACUGGCACCCGCCCAGGACUCCGGCCGGACGCAUUGACUACUAUGAGGUGUCGCUUCGGGAUAGCAAUGCCAGUUGCCUGAUGAGCACCAUCCUGCCAGGGCACAACCGGUCCUUCAUAAUGGCCACCCCGCGCUGCACCAGUCACAAUCCCUUCCAGUUGGCGGUGCGCGCAAUCAACGUGGACCGGCAGCCAACAGGCGCGGAGGAGACGGAGACCCAUCCUCUAAUGACAGCCGCUCACUCCUCGUGCGAAGUGCGCACAAACGUUCUCGGCGAGGAAGAGCGGGCGCAGUACGAGGCGUACGGAGCCAACGAUUCCGCCUACAGACUCUACAAGUCCGAGUGGGGAACAUAUGGAUACAUCUGCACCCCGGACACGAACAGCGUUAAAGCCAUGUACCAGACUAUUGAAGUGACCGUGGCUAUCCUUGUGCUUGGCGUCAUCUUCUAUCUCGUGUACAAGAAAUACCGCAAAAUGUCUGACAUCGACCUGGUGCUGCCGCAGGGCAUUAUGGAGACGCUAAAGAAGCCGAUGGACAUGGGCGGGCUUGGCCUCGAUCUCGGCCCCAAUUCGUCCGUCAGCGGCGGCAUCAUCUGCACACGCGUUGACGACUCACCGCAGUACACGCCGCAGGAUCAUCUUCCGCAUGACUUCAGUAGCUGCGGCGGUGAGAGCUCAAAGCUGCUUCUGCGUACAGCCUCAUCCUCCGGCGGCGGCGGCUGCAUGGAUCGCAAUGGUUAUGAUGAUCACCAGGAGACGGGCCCCAUGAGCGGCGCUGUACCCCCGCCCACCAGCUACCUGUCCAUGCGCCACGGGCUGCUCGUGCAGAGCGACAGUGAGACGGAGCGUGAGCGCGAGCAGGAGUCUGAGCGCGAGAGGGAACGGGAGCAACAGGAUAGCGACGUCAACAUGGACAGGGAGCCGACCAGUGGAAGCAGCAGUAAUGGCUACAUCAAACCCACCCAGAUGAAGAGCUGGGCUGGCAACGGUGGACCGGUCCAGCCGCAGCCGCUGUCACGUGUGCCACUCAGCGGUUAUGUGCCGGUGCCCAUUCUGCAGUCGCGUCUUAAUCCUAUGCCCUCUCCAGUUCAAGCGCACCCACAGGCCAACGCUAAUGCUCCAUCCGCCUCCGCAGCCGCUGCUGCUGCCUCCACAUUCUUCCCGCCAGCGCAUAUGCUUAACAUGGACAACUACGUGCAGGCCUCGGAUCUGCAUAAGCUAAAGCCCCUGGCUGCAGCGCCACUGCCAUCGGUUGGAAGUGGAGAAGGAGUAGCAGCAGCAGCAGUAGGAGUCUCUCCCAUUGUGACAGCCUCGUCGCCGCCGCCGCAGCCGCCGUUCCAGCUGCCAGUAGUCGCCGCUUCCACGCCCACGCCAAUGCCCACACCUAAGCUAGCCGAUAUUGGCUACACCACCAUGGAGCAGCUGCAGCGCACCGGUUUAAUGAAGCAGCCGCUCUCCGCGGCCGUGGGAUCACCGACGCAUGCCUCCGGGGCAGCGACAGGCGGCGUCGGCACUACGCAUUCGCGCCUCCAGCCGCCCAUUAACGGCUAUGUGACGCCCCAGGACCUGAACGUCCUGGCCCACAACAAUAGGCAUGUGCUCUAAGUCCAAGUGGAGCACUUGGCCUGGACACUUUGGCAAUCCUUCUCUGCAUCGUCUGCAUCCAUCCAUUUAGCAUCUCCCACAUCGAUUUUCCACCCGUAACCGUAACCGAAACCGUAACCGCAUCCAACCCAAGCCAUGCCAUCGGAUCAGCGGAGUCUGGAACCUGGAACCUGUAACCUGGCUGCUGUUUUUAGUAAUUAGUGGCAACUCAUCGAACGCGGGACGAGCGCUCCCGCGUUUGUAAUUUAUUUUGUAUUCUUUGCGAGGCGCGUGAGGCACAGAGGGCUUAGAAGAGGAAAGUAUUUGUAACGCUGUAGUAUUUUUUUAUAUAUCGUAUUUGUAUACACAUCCCACUUAACCAUCCGCGCGCGUCGACCAGAUCGAGCUUAUAAUAAUAAUUAAUUAAUAAAUAUAUGUCCUAUG